ACAGCUGUCUAUACUCUCUCUCUCUCUCUCUCCUUUGAAAUCCCUUCUCAAUUCUGUGGCAAUUGAAACAAGCAGAUCGAAGUCUUCCAUACCCAUUGAUCGUUUCUUGUUGACAAUCCUACUUGUAAGAUAAAGAUUCUAUUUUGUUUCCAAAAUAACAACAAUAUGAGCGUCAUUGACAUUCUGACCAGAGUUGACUCCAUUUGCAAGAAGUACGACAAAUACGACGUCGAAAAGCUCAACGAUUCCAAUAUCUCCGGCGACGAUGCCUUCGUCAGACUCUACGCCGUCGUCAACGCCGACAUCGAGGCAUUGCUUCAGAAAGCUGAAACCGCUUCCAAGGAGAAAGGUAAGGCAUCUGCUGUAGCGAUCAAUGCAGAAAUUCGUCGUACCAAGGCUCGGUUGCUUGAGGAGGUUCCCAAGUUGCAGAGGUUGGCUGUAAAAAAGGUGAAGGGGCUUUCGUCACAAGAAUUUGCUGCCCGUAAUGAUUUGGUUCUUGCAUUGCCGGAGAGAAUCCAAGCUAUACCAGAUGGGACUCCUGCUGCGCCAAAACAAACUGGGGGCUGGGCAGCUUCUGCCUCACGUGCUGAAAUUAAAUUCGAUUCAGAUGGACGAUUUGAUGAUGAAUACUUCCAACAAACUAAAGAAUCAAGUCAAUUCAGGCAGGAAUAUGAAAUGCGUAGAAUAAAACAGGAUCAAGGUUUGGAUAUGAUUGCAGAAGGAUUGGAUACAUUGAAAGACAUGGCGCAUGAUAUGAAUGAGGAACUGGAUAGACAAGUUCCGCUGAUGGAUGAGAUUGACACUAAGGUGGAUAAGGCAUCCUCUGACCUUAAGAAUACCAAUGUUAGACUUAAAGACACAGUGAACCAGCUUCGAUCCAGUCGAAACUUCUGUAUCGAUAUUGUUUUGUUGAUUAUAAUUCUGGGAAUUGCUGCCUACUUAUACAAUGUACUAAAGAAAUGAUAUGAUUCACAAGGCUAUGGAUGUGUUCGUAUGGUUUGCCUGUAUUUCUUGUAUUUCGAGAAUAUCCUGUCUGAUCUUUUUGUAUUUUAUUUUUAUCACUGUAAAAAUUUCCCACUACUCGAGAGAUUUACGGUUGUCGUUUAUAAACUGUCCCUUGUUUUAUAUACUUGUUUAGGUGUAUAUUACACUGAUGAUUUAAGAUGGUUGCUUUAAUUGGUGUGAAAUUUAA